CUCUCGUUCCCUACAGACAACUCCCGGUCCUAUCUCGCAUAAAUGGCCUCUGCUGAACUCGCCGCUACAUACGCCGCCCUCAUCCUUGCCGACGAUGGCAUAGAAAUCACCUCUGACAAAAUUGUUGCUUUGACAAAUGCUGCCAAUGUCGAGCUCGAGCCAAUUUGGGCAACUCUGUUGGCAAAAGCCCUUGAGGGCAAGAACGUGAAAGACCUUCUAUCAAACGUUGGAUCUGGUGGAGGAGCACCUGCUGCUGGUGGUGCUCCCGUUGCUGCUGCUGCCGGUGGUGCCGCCGCCGAAGCACCCAAGGAGGAGGAGAAGGAGGAAGAGAAGGAAGAGUCCGACGAUGAUAUGGGCUUCGGUCUCUUUGAUUAAUUUUUUUUGCUACGCUUUCCAUGCACCAUGUACUGCAAUUUCUUAUGAAAAACAUUGGAAACCCCGCAAUUAUAUGUGUGACUGCAGUGGCGAACAUCGUGAGAAAUGUGAACAUCGUUGCCGCACUGUAUGCUUGCCCGACUGUCGCAGGAAAUUCUUGGAAAAUGCGGGUCUUGUAAUCCGUAUUGCCGCCAAACGCGACUAAGUAAGGCUGCCCUCGUUACUUCCGCCGACGUUAACGCCACUCAGAACAGAUAUUACAUUGCAUCCGGGGAGCUUCGUUUCGGCGUGUGGUUUCAUGGUGACCACGUAUUAUUCUUAGAGGACUGGCGGGUGGCUACAUGACUGCCCAAACUGUGCAAUCUGGUAAAACUCUG